AUGGCACAAGUUGAUUCAUGUAAUGAACAAUUAUUAACAAUACGAGAUCAUAUUAAACAUCUUCGCAAAUGGAUUCAACAACAACAACCAAUAUUAAAUUCACUUGAUACAGAUGAAUUUUUAUUAAGAUUUUUACGUGUUACUGAUUUUCGUCUUGAAAAUGCGAAAGAAUGGUUAAUUCAAUUUUGGAAAUAUCGUACAGAAAAUCCUCAAUGGUUUAAAGAUCGUGAUUUACUUCAAGAUUCGUUAAUGUGUCAAAUUGCGGAAUUAGCAUAUUGUCUUCAAUUACCAAAAGCAACUAAAGAUAAACAUCUUAUAUUUGUUAUGCGUAUGGGACAAUAUGAUCCAACAAUUUAUACUAUUGAUGAUGUUACUCGAUAUGCAUUUGCUGUUACAGAUAUUUUAAAUAGUCAACCGGCUGCUCAAUUAUAUGGUUUUAUAAUUCUAUUAGAUUUUACAAAUAUUCGUUUACAGCAUAUAACACAAUUUACACCUGAUCGUAUGCGUCGUUAUAUUGAUUGUUGGGAAAAAAUGUAUCCAGUACAUUUACGCCAAAUACAUUUUUAUAAUUAUCCAGCUAUCUUAAAUCCUUUUUUAUAUUUAUUCCGAUUAUUAUAUAAUGGAAAACUUAAUAAUCGAAUAUAUUGUCAUUCAAGAUCAUCCGAUGAUUCAACGAAAAAAUCUUUACAUGUUUAUGUUGAUCCAUCAUUGCUACCAAAUGAAUACGGUGGACAAUUAGAUUCUAUAGAAUCUGAUAUGAAUAAAACAUUCAUUAAAUGGACUCAAGAACAUAAUGAUUAUUUAAUUCAACUUGAACAAUAUAAUGUUGAUCUUAAUCACGUAUCACAAUUGUUAAUUAAUGUUAAAAAAGAGCAUGAUAUAUGA